GCAGCGCAGCAGUUGGACGUCUGAAGAGAAAUUCUUUGAGUGAAAAUUUUCAGAGAUAAAUGUUGAUGUUUUUUCUCUGUCCGACUUUAUGAUGAACCAUCCGAGGAGCUGUAAGACUCUCGUACAAAAGACGAUUAUUCUAUGAUUUUUCGGAGCGACACAUCAUGUGAUUGUGGACCCUCAGUGAGAUGUCCUGAUGACCUCUGACCCUCGCACCAUGGACCUCCGUCUGCAGGGGAACCCUCAGCUCCACUACGGGGUUAACGGGGGCGCGGGCCGAAGCUCCAGGCCGAGCGAAGAUGAUGCGCUCAAGUUCCUGAGCCAGGAGGAGCAGGAGUGUAUCCAGUUCUUCGAGGAGACCAUCGACUCGUUGGAGGACAGUCUGGAGGAGAACGACCGGAGGCCCCGGCAGGUGAAGCCGCCUGCGACAGUCGACGGACGCCAAACCACGAGCGCCCUUGUGUCCUCCCUCCUGGGCAGAUCUCCUAGUCCCAAAGACCAGGACAUUAUUUACCUGGUCCGCCCAGAACCGGACUUGGUGCAGACCAAAGAGCCGAACUUCAGUCCCACCACUCCAGAUUUUCAGAGUAUGGUGCAGAACCCCGAAAGACACUUUGAGGUGAAGCCGAGGCGUGAUCCGGACAGCUUGCCUUCUGAGUACAACGCUCCCCUUCCAAGCUUUGGGCCGACAGACAGCCAGUCGUCCUACCAUCCUCCGGGAUGCAUCCCCACCCCGGUCCUGAUCGCCCAGCAGAUAGCAGAGAACCAGGCAGGUGGAAUGUCGAACCUCCAUCCCUCCACAUUCCUCCGCCGCUGCAGCCUUGAGUCCGACAAGCCAGUGAGCCACAGCAGCGAUCCCCACAGUAAACAGGGUCCUCCUACCUUGGCCAAGCCUACCCGCUUUCCUGCUAACAUCAACGUGAUCCUCGGCAACAAAGAGCACCAGAACCAGCCACUGGCCAACGUGAGCAUCCAGGAGCGGCGGGCGCAGAUGCUGGCAAACCUAACGGGAACGUCACACCCUCUGCUGCAGGAAAACCUUCAGCCACCCGUGGAGGAGAAGGCUCGAAACGCUCCCACUCGAAGCAUUUCCUUCAAGGACCCGUCACCAGACAAAUCCAGGAUGGAGGCUUUGUCUAAGCUGGGCCUGAGCAGGAACCGAGCCAUGUCUGGGGGCGUAUUGCUCCUCGCCGACCCAAACAGCCCCUCUCUGGAUUCUCUCACAGCUACAGAAUCCAGCGCCAAACCUCUGGAGGCCAGUGAUCCCCCAACAGCAGAAACCAGCAUCAGAGUGCCAGAAGCCAAUGUCACAGCGCCUCUUCAGAGCCCGAUUGACCGAAAACCAGAGAUUCUGCCGACAGAUUCCCUAAAAAGGUACGAAGACGGGAACCUUGAGCCGAGUCCCUCGCCUCCGGCGGUCACACAGAGCAGCUACUCUUCACCUCCUUUGGAAAACAAACCAUCUUUCUCUCCUCCACCUGAAGUCACCUUGGUGGAAUUUAACAGCUACGGAGGGAAAUCUAUCAUGGUCAACCCUUCGCUUUCCUCCCGGAGCGAACCUGCAACUUUUCCAGCCAGCCCUGAACCCAAAACCCUCCCACCUGCGCUGGCUAACCCCAGCGAGUUUAACCACUACGGAGGAAAGACCAAAGUCAUGACUCCUGCUCCUGUGGUCGUGACCAGGAGCGACCUUCCCGAUAUCCUUAGCUCCCAUAUUGACAAGAGUCAUUCCUUGCCCGCCAAAUCGGAACCGCAACACAUUGAGAUUCGCAGUUACGGAGUAAAGAGUCGAACAAUUAACCCGUCCGCCGGGGUACACCGCCCGUCAGAAAGCCUUACAAAGAGCGUCAAAGCCCCGGCUCCAACCCCGGCCCCAAGACCUCCUCGUCACUCCUACCACGGUGCUGUAGCUCCCCAGAAACCGGCGCUCCAUGAACACAAGCGCAGAUCUACCUCCCUGUUUCGUCCCCAAGGCAUCACCGUGCAGUUUUCUGGACGGGGAGCGACAGAUGAAUCGCGUAGGGAGGCGCUAAGGAAGCUAGGGCUCCUGAAAGACUCUUGAUAAACUGUGGACAUGAAUUCUUCAGUCUGAAUCUCUGGUGUGGCUGCAAAGAGACGUACUCAAACACAGGACAGACCUGCACAGCCAGUUCUUCACUUCCUGGCCGUAAAAAAAAACUGACAAACGAGUGUGACGCUCUGCAGCUGCUGCACACUCGACAUUAGGUGGGUUUCCAUUACAGAUUUGCGCAUAACUUUAGCAAUAUUUUCGAAAUUGCGAUCAAACACAAUAGGGAGAUGACUGCUUUUAGGCAGAUGAACUGCUUUACUUUGCCUCCAACUCAAGACGCCGUAUACCUCCGCACAAGAUAUUUUGGAACAAACUGAAUCUGCAAAGAGAAGCAUCGUCUUCACACGGGAAUCUAAUAACUUUUGGUGUCAGGCUGGUUGUGAAAACUGGGCCUCAUUUAUGAAAACAUCUUAAAGAAAAAGGUUGGAUAUUUUGUGAAUUGUUGUUAUUGUUGAUAAAUCCCAUGAAAAGACUCCCACUGGUGACCUUUACCCAUUUUCCACCAAAAUUAGCACGUUUUUUUAAUUUCUCUUUUAAACAUGGGAAAAUCACCUGAAAUGUGAUACACUCCAUGCUUAUUGCCAGUAGAGCAGAGCUGUGUACGUGGCUCUGCAGUAGACGAGAAUGCCUAUUUUUUUUUUUUCUUUUUUGGUGUGUCUUGUUUGACAUCAUGGACAGGCCGAUACAGACGAGCCUAGUGAAAAUAUUACUGUGUUUACUUCUUUUUCCUUUUGGUCUAUACUCGGUGUUCACUUCUACCAUAUUUGUGCACGUUUUCUGAAAACUUGUGGAUGCAAACAUAUGGAGCGGUACCAUCGUAGAUGGUAGAGGCAGUGUGGCGUACUUUCAGCAAGAUACAACUUUAGGAUGCUUUUUGGAAAUGGGACUGAGUUUGACAGUUAAAUAGAUGUUUACUGGGAUUUUUUAUCGGGUUUUUAAAAAAACAAAAUUGGGCAUCCAGGCCUUCAGGGGCCCCAAAGCCCCCCAUGUGACACCUGAUUUGUGGUAAUUUUAUAAUUUGCACAUUUGUUUGGUUAUUUCCCAAAGAAUUAUAUGAAUUUAAAUGAGUUAUAAGUUAUAAGGUUCCACAUUUAUUUUUGGCAGAUUUCGAGGCCUAUCUUGGUCAUGGCCUUGUGUCAAAAUUAUUAUUAUAGGUUUUAAAACUUUUAUUAAGUUUUAAAAUAAAUUUGUGCUUAAAGUUGCCACAAACACUACAGACUUCAUCUAAAGCAGGAUUGUUUCUAAGGAAAUGAUGUGAAACCGGGGGGGUCGGUGGGGGCCCAAAGCUCAGUUUUGACCCUGGGCCCCUGAGGAGGCUGAUCAGGCCCUGAUAAAAAUAUUUGUUUUUAGCUGCAACAACUGCAAUCUACAGUUAAUGAGCAACUAAUUAAGCAUGAAAGUAAUUUAGGUGUCAAAAAUUACAAUCUUUGUGCUGCAAAUUGAAUUUUAAAUCUUUAAAAUAUGUUUUGAAAAUACUCCGUAAAGACUCAGUCUCAGUGUGAGUUAUAUUAUAUUAUAUUUGUU